CAGUCCACUCCGCCACCCCUCUGCUUCUUCAACCACCUUCUCCAUUAACCAUGAACCUCCCCACUUUCGCCGCAUCAGCAUCCUUUUUCGAUUUCGACCCAAUCCAAUCAAACGGGCCUGAAGCUACCACCUCAGCAGCAGAACAGCAAGAUCCACCAUGGAAGAUGACUGACCCAUCAAUCAGGGCCCAUUCUCCGUCUAGGGUAUCCUACUAUUUCCCCAAGGGAGUCGGAGAUUAUCAUUUCGGGAAAGGGCAUCCCAUGAAACCUCAUCGACUCACAAUCCUAAAUCAUCUCGUCGCCGGUUAUGGGCUACAUCAUCACAUGGAAUAUCACUCCCCUCGGCUAGCAAAUCGAGAAGAAUUAGGAUCAUUUCAUUCUUCCUCCUAUCUGGAUUUCUUGGAGCGAAAUAACAUACGACUGGGAGAAGAUCCUAAAUCAAAUAAUCCGACGAGCAAUUCAGGCGAACAUAACACCGGUGAAGACUGUCCGAUGUUUGAUGGGAUUUACGAUUUCUGUCGGCAGUAUGCCGGCGCAAGCUUGAUGGCCUCUCGGAAACUCAACUCGGGUACAUCAGAUAUCACAAUCAAUUGGUCGGGUGGACUUCAUCACGCUAAGAAAUCUGAAGCUUCCGGUUUUUGUUAUGUCAAUGACAUCGUAAUCGGAAUCAUUGAGCUACUAAGAAUCCAUCCCAGAGUACUCUACAUCGACAUCGACAUUCAUCAUGGAGACGGAGUCCAAGAGGCAUUCUAUCUCUCGAAUCGAGUCUGCACAGUCUCAUUUCACAAAUAUAAUGGCGAGUUUUUCCCUGGCACAGGUACGAUAGACGAGUUUGGAUACGGAUUGGGGAAGAAUUUUAGCUUCAACCUACCUCUCUCGGAUGGAAUCGAUAACGAAAGUUAUGUAAACCUUUUCCGAUCGGUGAUGGAGCCGAUCAUCACAACCUUUCGACCUAGUGUGAUUGUGCUUCAAUGUGGGGCGGACUCAUUGGGUGGAGAUCGGCUGGGCGGCUUCAACAUUAGCAUUGCCGCACAUGGUGAAUGUGUCCGGUUUAUUAAGGCUUUCCGCAUACCACUCAUGGUAUUAGGUGGAGGGGGUUACACACCGCGCAAUGUGGCACGUUGUUGGACGUACGAAACCUCCCUAUUGGUCUCUGAUACAUGUCCGAGUAUAUCCAAUCACCUCCCCUCUACGCCCUACGACUCGAUUUUCAAAGACGAACCGCGUCUGCACGUCAAUCUAGUCACUAAGGUUGACAACAGCAACUCCAAAAAGACACUCGAAGGUCUCCGGGUCGGAAUCCUCGAACGCUUACGAUAUAUGCAUGGUGCGCCAAGUGUUCAGAUGCAAUUGAUCCCACCUAGCCUAUCACAAUGGCUCGAAGAAGAAGAAGAGAUGAUAGAGAAAGAGAGGGAGAAAGCGGUGGAUGAACGCCCCCCUCAGUCUCGCUCGACUGGCCUCCUCGAUUACUUCCCCACAAAUGCAAGACUUCCAGGGGCCAUUAUUCCUGCUCACGACCUGACUCCGGCUAUAAAACCUUUGCCUGCCUCGCGUACGAGAGCUAACUAUGGCCUCACCAACCCCGGUCGUAAACGCGCUCAAACUGCCAAGUCCAGCACUCAAUACACUGCAGCUCAGGAAAAACAGAAAGACGAUGCGGCUCGUGUGCAGGCAUUGGCUAAUCAAGUUGACGAUCGCAUGCAGCUCGGAUGAACGGUUUCACUGCUCCACAUACCAGAAAUACCCCCCCCCCCUACUAUCUUGUUAUUCUAUGCGCUAAAGACAGUGAAUGGUGUUGAUAUUAUGUAAUUUGAUGUACUGUAAAAUUUGUCGACAGUCUAUGUCCAACCAAUUCACACAAAAAUCCAAAAAUAUUCUACAGCAUAUACAAAGUUACAAUCAAGUAAAACCAAAUGUGGAUUAAGAGAUCAGUAGCUGCGGCUGAUGAUAGUUACAUGGCCGUUGGGCCCCUGGGCCCCUUGAAUAUUCACAGUACCCCACUGCGCGAAAUGUUGUCAUGAAGUCAGUUGUUUAUUGAGCUGGAA